AUGGACUACCUGACCGUCCUCUCUACUCUGCGCGUCCAGCUGUUCGUCGGCGCUUCGCCUACCUUGCCACCCGGGCUCGGUCCAGUCACCAUGUCGCUGCUGGCGCUUAUCAGGGACGACACGUUCUGCGCGUUCUUCCUCCUCGACCGCAUCUUGGAGGUUGCUGGGGCCAAGCACCUGUCGUACGCUUCGCUCGAGCGCUCGGCGGAGACCCGCGCACUUGCGCAGGCAGCUGAGGUGCUGGUCUGGCAGGAGAUCUGCCGCGCCAAGACGUUCGCCCGCGCGCUCGGCACUUUCUUCGAAGGACACGACCGCAUCAAUGAGCGUGAGCUCGCCGCCCUCGCCUCAUCCCAUGGCAUCGGCCUCGCCACCAACGAGCACCGCGAGCACCGCACCAGCGAGCACCGCCGCCAUGACGUCGACUCGGUCCGUGCACCGCGCUCACUCCCCGCAGUCGCCCCCGUGCUCGUAUGA